AUGCGUUUCAGCGCUUUCGUCGUCCUACUUGUGGCCACCUUCCUGGUGUGCUACUCCAAUUUUGCCAGUUCCGAGUCUGUCGAUGAGGAACGUCAUUUUCAUCUUCCCGGUCUCGGUCACGGUCAUGGUCACAGUCACGCAGCCAAGAUCCCAGCUAUCAAUAACAAAGACAACGUUGCUAAGAUUGCCGGUGGAUUCCUCGAGAAUCUGCGGACGAAAACCGCUCUGACCAAGGCUGUUAAAGCCGUCCAGGCGUCUGACGGCGACGAGGUUGCUGUGAGGAAGGCCAUCACGGCCUUCGCUGCUGCCAAGGAUGCGGUCAAGACGAACGACGAGCAGAUUGCCAAGCUCUCCUCUACGAUUGCCACAACGGCGCAAAAGAACCCCAAGUCGUGGCCUCGUCUCCGCAAGUUCGCCAAGAUUGCGCUGGGCGCCACUGUUGGUGGCUAUGUCAUCUACCUUGCGUACAAGCUUAUGUUUGACAGGAACUCGUCGGGAUCUGGUGCCAUGACGCUGAUGCCCGAUGGUUCGGCGUAA